AUAAACAGGCUUGGGCAAAAAAUUGCCUCGGACCUGCCAUGUGGGAGGCCGGCGCUAAGUCGCGCCUUGAAGAGGUUUGUCAUGACAUCGACCAUUUUUUGGACCCAUCCUCUGCGUCAGAUUGUCAUCUGAGCUCUUUAGGUCCGUCUGGUCCGUCAGACAGUACAAAGGAGACAAAGGAGACAAAAACUUUGUCCAAAGGGCAGGAAGCAUUGGAGAUUCAGCGGCUAUCACGCCGGAAUGAAGACUUGAAACAACAGCUGGAAGAUUGUCAGCAUGAAUUCAAGACAAGACUCCAACCAAAGCUGCUGAGCCGAGAAUCUGAGCAAAGACGUGAAGAUAUGGACUUAGAUGCAAAGGUCAAAAAAAGGCGUCUCAGUGAGAUGGAGAACGAACUGGCUAAACUUCGGCAGGAGCGAGACUUACUCGAAUAUGAGCUGAAAGAGGCUCAAGAAGAAAGGCAGCGCGAGAAAGCCAGUCGCCUCAAGGCUACAGAAGAAUGUCGGAAACAGGAGGAAGACCUUAAGAAUACAAUCUCGAGUUUAGAAUCAGAGCUCCAGAACUCCAAGCAGUCACAGCUUCCCUUGAAAACAAACCCAGAUGCUUGGAAGGCACGUGUCUCUGAACUUGAACAAGAGGUGUUUUAUCUGCGUCUUCUAUUGAAGGACUGGUAUCCUGAGCAUGAGCUAGCAUCGCAGUUGCGAAGCAAACAUGUGGAGUUUGAACAUGAGAUGCAUGAAUCGCACAAAACUGUGGAGGACUUGCUGCAUGCCAAAGAAAGAAUUCUCUCCCUUGAGCAGGAAAAAAUCUCUCUUCAGGCCGCUCUUGAAAUUCAAGAGGCUUCUUUGAAGCAAUGUAAAGAUGCGGCAUCCCAGAGCACACGUGCUAAGCAAGAUCAAGCACUCUAUGAAGCUUCGAUUGCUGAUAUCCUUCAUGCUGCUCGGCAGCUGGGGCCAGAGCUGCCAGAGGACAUCGGAGAUCCAACCCCAGCCAACUUGCGAAUUGCAUGGUCCCGCCUGCAUUCCCACUGGACCAAAGAGGCCCAUAAGACCUUCGAGUUGGAGCAAAAACUGCACGACGCAGCAGAUCAACAAAAUCAAUUCAAGACAGAGAUGAACAAACUUCAGAUUGAUAUGUCUUUGGCAAACCUGCAAUCGACAGAAUUGCAAGGUAGACUCAAGGAAUCAGAAGAUACAGUCCAAAAUCUGAAAGCUCAGAAUUCUGUAUUGCGUGAAGCACUUGCUGGAAAACAUAUGCAAUUUCCAGAAAUUCAUGGAGAAGUUGACGCCAAAAUGAUACGCACUGCAGACAGCUUUCAAGAGGCACAGCAAGAAGCUGUAGAGGUCAUCAAACGGGAAGCAGCAGUGCUCAAAAAUGAAGUUGGGAGACUUGCAGAUGUUGAGCGGAAAUUACGCAAAGUUGAAGGUGUAAAUGCUGAGUUGUGGCAGGCAAACAAGGAGCUUGAAAGGAGGAUACUGCAACUGCACAGCCAGGAAAUAGAUGUUGCCAACGCAGAUUAUGAUCCGAGAACAACAAAGAUCCUUCAUUUGGUACGAGGGCCGCAAGAUGAAGCUGCCGGCUCUGGAUGUGACUUGGAGCAGCAGCAAGCGGCACGACAGCUUGAGCGCUACAAGAAAGCCACCAAAAAGUAUGUCUCGGAGUUCAGAGAAGGCCUCUAUCAUUUACUUGGUUGGAAGGUGGAAAUGAGAGGUGAUGGGAACUCUUUAAGAUGGCAUCUCACUUCGCGCUAUGGUCAAGUCCGGCAAGAGUUGGUUUUCCAGCUACGGCCAGGGCGAAGUGGCCAACCAGCAGAGUUUGAUUUGCUUGGAACCCCUUGGGCAGAGCAACUUCAGACGGACCGCCAAGCAAUGUCUUACUUGGAAGUGUACAAUUCCAUUCCUGGCUUCUUGGCCCAUGUUACAGUAGACCGUUUGGCACAACAGACUUUUACCCGCUAGUGACAGCCGCAACGAUCUGCGAGCACAAAAA